AUGGGCCAAGCUAGAGGCAGUGCAAUUGUUGCCACAAUGUUAUUGUUGUGCAUAAUGCUGCCUUGUUGUGAGAUUAGUGAUGCGACCAACUACACCGUUGGAGAUGAUGAUGGUUGGAACUUUAAGGUCCAUGACUGGCCUACUGGCAAGAAAUUAUUCCACUCUCACGUUACAUUGGGGCAAGUCUUAAAUUGGCCAACUUUUAUGUUGAAUUAUGUCUAA